AUGGCUUCCAUCGUCCAACACUCCCCUCCGGUGCACUCGCCACCGGGCCCAGACACCAAGAGACCCAAGGGCAUCCUGAAGAAUUCGAGCUCGACACGCAGCGUGCCGCGUGAAUUACCAGCAGUGGGCGUCGACACGGCCAUGACCGGUACAUCUGCCACGACGCCCGGCAGCUCCGCCAGUGACGCCGACUCCCGACGCCGCGAGCGGUCCAUGUCGAGCAAGGAGAUAACGAUUGAGAACACAAACUUCAACGCAGGGGCGCGGCGUUCGUCAUCGGCCGCCCGCCACGGAAGGCCCGGAUCGCGCCGGGCGUCGUCGGCAGUGUCCGAGGAGGAGGCAGGCGCUGGCCAGCGUUUGAAGUGGGACGAGGCGAACCUGUACCUGACGGAGCAGGAGCGCACGGCGACGAUGAAGAUUGACGAACCCAAGACGCCGUACGUACGACACUACGACCCGGGACAGGAGCCCUCCGACGACGAGGAUGACGACUCGUACCGGUUCAACAACGGUGGGGCCGACGGUCCCUUCUCCUCCGCCUCCGUUUCACGGUCCGACGGCACCGCUCCGUCCGCCUCCCGCCGCCCGGUAAUAGAGGACGAUAUCCCCGGCCUGUCACUCGGCGAGCCGGAGGAGGCCGUCCCCGACAGGCAGUCGUCCUCGCCAUCGCCCUCGUCGCCCAAGAGGGCCCACGUCGAUCACGGCAGCGUGGGCGGACACGAUGCCGACGACGCCGAGUUGGCAGGCCUGUCGCCCGAGGAGCGAGAGAAGCACAUUCGCUUCGAGCAGGCGCGCAAGAGACACUAUGAGAUGAAGAACGUAGCCCAGCUGUUGGGUAACCCGGAUGCCCUGCCGGACGAUGAGGAGGAGGAUGAGGACGGUCAGAGUGAGCCGCCGCCUAUGCCGCCUUUGCCCGAGGGCCUCAACGGGAGCAAGUAG